AUGAGACCCAUUCUCCUUUCUGGGCACGAGCGUGCGCUCACUCAGAUUCGCUACAAUCUCGAUGGCGAUAUCAUCUUCUCCGUCGCCAAGGAUCAGCAGAUUUGCGCCUGGUUUUCGCACAAUGGCGAGCGUCUCGGAACCUACCACGGCCAUGUUGGUGCCAUCUGGACCGUCGAUGUCGACCCUACCUCGACCAUGAUCGCCUCUGGUUCUGCCGAUAACACCAUCCGCCUCUGGGACGUCAAGAGCGGCAAGUGCCUCAAGGUCUGGGAGUUCCCCACCGCCGUCAAGCGUGUCGAGUUCAACGAGGAUGGCACCAGGCUUCUCGGUGUCACGGAAAAGCGCAUGGGCUACCUGAGUAACAUUGUCGUCAUCGAUAUCAACCCCGACGUCGAGGCCGAGCAGAGCGACGAGAAGGCUUUGACCAUUGUCUGCGACGAAUCCAAGGCCACGGUUGCAGGAUGGAGCAACAUGAGCAAGUACAUCAUUGCUGGACACGAGGAUGGUAGUGUCAGCCAGUACGACAGCAAGACCGGCGACCUCUUGGAUAACGUCCCCAUCCACGAACUCAACCAGCCCAUUGUCGACCUGCAGUGGGCUCCCGACCGCACCUACUUCAUCACUGCUUGCAAGGACAAGACCGCCAAGCUCAUUGCUGCCCGCGAUCUCACCGUGCUGAAGAACUACGUCGCCGAUACUCCCCUGAACAGCGCCACCAUCACCCCCAAGAAGGACUUUGUUAUCCUCGGCGGUGGUCAGGCCGCCAUGGAUGUCACCCGUACUUCCGCUCGACAGGGUAAAUUCGAAGCCCGUUUCUACCACAAGAUCUUCGAGGACGAGGUCGGUCGCGUGCGAGGCCACUUCGGUCCCCUCAACACCGUCGCCGUCGACCCCACGGGCAAGAGCUACGCCAGCGGUGGAGAGGACGGCUACGUCCGUGUUCACCAUUUUGACAAGGGUUACUACGACUUUCUGUACGAAGUCGAAAGGGAACGAAACAACCGAAUGCAGUAA